AUGGCCUGCGCCGUGGAGGACCCUUACGGAUCGGAGGAGGAGAUCAUCUUGGUUGCCCAAGAUGAUCCCUAUAUGGCUUCCUUGCCGGAGGCCGAGGAGCCGCCGGCGCCGGACUGUGUUCGGAUAAACAGCGACGCAGAGGAGCCACGCGUCGAAGAGUCCCCAGCUGCAAAGGCGGCCACCGCCAGGACCCAGACGAAGAAGCAGGUUCGGCCCAAGAGGAAGCCGAAGGCCAAACCCAAGCGGAGGCCUACGGCGACAGUGGAUCUCACGAAUCCUGGGGAGGACGCUGCUCCGGUCGAUGCUGUGGCCUCCUUGCAGGCCAGUGCCAGUGGCCCUGACUACGGCGACAGCUCUGCGACGCCCGCCAACUCUGAGACUGUGAUUCCAGUGCCAGCGAAUGCCACCGUGAAGGAGGCCGUCGCCGAAUCGGCCCCGCCGGCUCCGAGCGGCAGGGGCCCCUUGGGGCGGGCUUUGGCCACGCUCCUACCCUCCACGAGUUUCCAGGCCAUGCUCACGGAGGCCCUGGCACUCGUCCAGGAGGUGGCACUCAGGUGUCUGUCCUCGGAUGCCGAGGUGAAGCCGUUUGGCUCGCUUCUCCAAGGCACCUUCUUGGAAGGCUCCGACCUGGAUCUCUACAUCACCACGGCCGCCAUGGGGAAGCAAAGUCAGGGUCACCGUGACCUCUGGCACAAGGUACAGGUUUCGCAACUCGAACGGCUGAUGCACGGACUGCCGCAGAGCUUCCAGGUGAAGGAGACUCGCCUGGAGUGGCACGUGCGUGUGCCGAUCGUGAUUCUGGACUUCCUUCCGCCAGCUACACCAUCCGGCGACAAGAUCCCGCCCAUUCAGGUGGAUGUCAGCGUGGGUGACAUGGACUCCUCUGGGGUGCGCAAGGGCCACGUGGAUCGGCUCAUCCAGGGGGCGCUGUCCAGAUCGCCCAAGGCGGCUUGCCUUGUGCUUCUGGUGAAGCGCUGGGCCAAGAUCGAGGAACUCAACAAGUCCUUCGAGGGUCACCUGUCGCCCCUGGCAUGGACUCUGCUUUGCCUGUACUUCCUGGUGGUCACGGACCGGCUAGAACAGAAUGCGCUCACCGCGUCUGGCGGCGACGUGCCUUCGCCGCCCUCGGCGCAGCUUUGCGAGUCCUGCGUGUCGCACGAAGAGCUCGCGGAGUUUUUCGACAUGGUAGCCGGCUUCCAGAAAUUCCUGGAGUCGCGGGAGAGCGGCAAAGGGCCCAUGGGCAUCCGCCUGAUGCCGGACUGUCGGGCGCUGAACGGGCGCCCGGAUGACCCGGCCGUCUUCUUCCUCGAGGACCCUGCAGCCAGGGCCGUGUCCAUUACUGGCGUCAACGUGGCACGUGGAGUGAGGAGUCGGGACAAGUGGUGGCAUCUUCUAAGCCGCUGCCAAUGUGCUGCAAAAGCACUGCGCGCGGGCGCCAACCCCGCGGACUUCUUCGCCCGGCGGCUCGCUGCCGGUCCUCCGAAAUCCACUCUUCGGUCCAAAGCCAGACCGAUGGCAAAGAACCGGACACCGACGGAUCCGGCUGAGUCUUCGGAGAUUCCUGCGGCCUCUUCCGAGAGGGCGGAAGCAAAGGCUGCCACGCCGCUUCUGAGCAGGACUGCGCCGGUAACGGUGCCACCACGCAACAGGCCGCCCAUAGGAGCUUCGACGCGAAAGAGGCCGAUGGCCGAAGCCGCAGCGGCACCCGCCAUCGGAGCCAAGAGGUCGGCUUACCCAGUGGCCGCCCCGCAGAACUCGUGGGCAAAGUGGGCCGUGCGGCCCAAAGCGCGCCCAAAGGAGGCGCCGCAGCCCGGUGACCAGCGCGUGCUGGCGGAGGACGCGCCUCCUCCUAGCAGGCCUAGCAAGGUUCAGAAGGCGCUUCCACAACGGCAGAUGGCUCCACUCAGACCCGGGUACGAUCACCCGGUGGCGAACCCAGUGGCCUUCCUGGGCCACUAUGGUGGACCAGCACAUUCACACGCACCGCCUUGGCGCCCUCAGCCUCAGGUGCCCAAUGUCUCUCCAUGGCCGUAUACCGUUCCACCGAGAGACAAGGCAUCGGAGCGCGAGACUGGGGGCAGGCGGCAGCGAGACAUGCGAGACAUGCGACGUCCGGCCGAGCCGCGUUUCCCCCCCCGGAAGGGCGGCAGGCGAAUGACCUGGAACGUGUAG